UGUGCCAAAUUUUAAAUAACGUUCUGUGGAUUGGAUUAAGAUGCCACAAGUGAAAAGUUGGAACACUGAUAUGAUUCCUAUCUCGGUUGUUUUUCAUUUAUUUAAAUUUUUUCAAUAACUUUUGACUUUCGAUUUGUUUCCUCCCGUCCUAGACAUAUCUUCGUUUAGCCUAUGUCAAAAGGAAGCGUUUCAAAGAUUGCCUUCUGUACGCAAGAUGCAAAUACUGGGGAGUUGCAAACAACCGUGGUGGAAUAUGUAUAGUUGGAGACUUUUUGUUACUUUGUGAAGGUGGGUGACACUCGGACCACGGAACCGGAUUCCGCCUCAUGUUUUUCUUCAGUGUAUCCACGGGAUCCCUCAAGUUAGAGCAAUGCUCGCGAUAAAGGAAGCAGGCAUCGUCCAGGCAAUUGGAAAACACAUCCAGGCGUCUCGCAUGCUACGACGAACAAGGUGUUUUUGUUUAUGAAAGGGAUUGGUUUAUGGACUUCAUUAGGGAGACCCAGGCCCACUCAUGGCUGGCUCGAUACGACAGUUUUGCUCUCGUGCGUGCAUGGACUAUUCGUGAUAUAAGGCGAUACACCAACAUUAUCAAGAAUCAUAAUCGGAGUAGCCUGCGCAUUUGAAAAUAAAAUAUGGCUGAUCAAAGUAAUAUACAGUCUGCGGCUUCGAAGAGCAUUCGGCCGUUCAAGUCUAGCGAGGAGUACCUGUAUGCCAUGAAAGAGGACCUUGCAGAGUGGCUGAACACGCUGUAUGACCUGGACAUCACAGCGGAUACGUUUAUGGAGUCACUGGAGACUGGCUGUGCCCUGUGCCGCCACGCCAACAACGUAAACCGCGCAGCGCAGGACUUCCAGCUCGAGUACCCGGAGGCGGCACGCGCCAUGCGGAUGCCAAGCAGGGACGUGGUCUUCCAGUCGCGCAACGCCGUGCCCGGGUCCUUCCUAGCCAGGGACAACGUGUCGAACUUCAUCGGCUGGUGCCGCCAGGAGCUCGGGAUCAAGGACGUGCUGAUGUUCGAGACCAACGACCUGGUGCAGAAGCGCAACGAGAAGAACUUCGUGCUGUGCCUACUGGAGGUGGCGCGUCGCGGCGCCAAGUUCGGCAUGCUCGCGCCGAUGCUGAUCCAGCUGGAAGAAGAGAUUGAGGAAGAGAUUCGGGACCAGGAGAACAUCGGCGAGCCGAGUCCGCCCGUCAGGCCGAUCAGCCGCAAGGAGAGCGUCGGAGUAGCGGACUCUCCCCCCGGCUUGUACCCCAGCUGGCAGCAGAAAAGGGUUCUGUGCGACAUGCGCAACCUGGAUGAGUUGGUGCGGGAGAUACUGGGGCGGUGUUCCUGCCCCGCCCAGUUUCCCAUGACGAAGGUGUCCGAGGGGAAGUACAAAGUGGGGGACUCCAGCGCCCUGAUCUUCAUCAGGGUACUUCGCACUCACGUGAUGGUGCGUGUGGGCGGGGGCUGGGACACGCUGGAGCAUUACCUGAAUAAGCACGAUCCCUGUCGCUGUUCUGCCUUCGCUCACCGGCACCAGCAGUCCAAAGUGGGGGGGCAGGGCCCCCACAGCAAGUCCUCCAGCGCCCACUCGUCCCGCUCCACCAGCCCGGGCCCCCACUGGAGGAACGAGGGGGUCGCCCCGGCUCCCUACAAGACCCCCGACCGGCGCUCGCUGGAGCCCGCCCCCUCCGCCCCCCCGGCCGCCCGGCUGGCCCGCCCCCAUCGCCCCUCCCUCCCCGUGGAGCUGGACGCCAACGCCCUGCCCGGCCGAGGCCACGCCCUGCUGCCACGCCCACCGCGGGACCGCUCCGAGCCACGGCACUUCACCCCUCUCAGGACCAGAGACUCGCUGCCCCUGGCCCGCAGACUCUCGGGGGACAGUGACUCCUCCACCUGCUCCUCUAAGGGGGGCUGUGGGGGUAUGGGAGGGCGGGCGUCUUUGGGGGGGCCCCGGCGCCCGGGGGGGGAGGAGGUGGUGCUCCUGGUGAACCGGCGGGAGGGGAAGCACGUGAUCGAGCGGCCCAAAGAGGGGGGCCCCAUCCCGCCGCUGCGGCCCCUCCAGAACCGCGCCCGCAGCCACUCCCGCGAGCGCCCCGCCCCCCCGGCCCUGAAGCCCAGCCCGCCGCAGGGGGCCCCCGAGGGGGGCCGGACGGGCCGGCUGGACAGGGGCCGGUCUCUGGGGCCCGAGGGCCACAGGCUGCAGGCCCCCCGCUCACACAGCCAGGGCAAGCUGCUGGGCCGGGGCAGGGCGGGGGACGGCAGCCUGGGGCCCCCACCCCAAAUACGGGAGCCUCAGCCCCCCCACAAGGACCGGGGCGAGGAUCCACGGGCCAAGCAAGCGGCCCCCGGGGGCUUCUCCAAGCGACAGAGCGGCUCGCCCGCUAAAGGGGGUCCCGGCGGCAGCCCCAGUAAGAAGGGCGGAGCCUCCCCCCGGCCCCCGCCGCCCCGCUCCCCGUCGGGGGGGAAGGGCCGCCUCCUCCCCCCGGUGUCCCAGGGGGGCCGCCGCUCCCCGCACUCCACCCCCCGCCCCGGCCCCCACCACGCCCCCCGCUCCCCGCGGGCCUCCCGCGGCCUCCGAGCCUCCGGCCACGCCCGGGCGGGGAGGGCGGAGCCGGAGAGGCAGGAGGCGGAGCCACAGCAGGAGGGGCGGGGCUACAGCCACCUGUUCCCCAGUCUGGACCCGCAGAAGGAGCAGGACCUGUACCGCAGCUUCGAGGCGGAGUUCCUGGCCAACACCCAGCUCUCUCCGGGGGGUUCCGGCAGGGGGAGCGGGGACAAGGACCUGGCAACCCUGCAGCUGCAUGUCACCCAGCAACAGCAGCAGCAGCACCAGCAGGCGCAGGCAUUGGCCGCCCUGCAGCUCCACCCCCCGGGGGACCCUAACGUCACAGACUCCGCCUACUCCUCCUCCAGCUCCUCCACCUCCUCCAUCACUGUGGGCGGCAAGGUGGGGGCUCUGCCCGACCUCCGCAAACACCCCGCCAACCCGCUGCCCUGCCCCCUGGAGAAGGUGGGGGUCCUGGAGAACAGCCGGGCCCUGGAGGGCUGGGGGGGCCGCGGCGGGGGCAGGCACGGCAAGCUGCCCGCCCUCUCCGGCUCCCUGGAGGACGCCGAGCUCCUCACCUCCCUCAGCAACCUGAGAGACGUGGAGCUGGAGGGCGUCAGGGGGGGCCGCCGGGCCCAGCCCCGGGACGCCCAGAUGGACGGGAGGGAGGGGCGUCUGGACUGGGCCGAGGGGGCGGGACACCCGGAAAGCGAACCGGGCUUCCUGUUCGGCCUGAGCGACGACGACCCGGACGACGACCUCCCGCCCCCGGAGCUGUGCCCCUCGCCCCUGCCCCUGCCCCCGUCCGAGGACUGCUCCUUCCAGGACUCCUCCAGCGAGAGCUCGUCCAUGUGCGUGAGCCUGAGCGAGCCGCGCUCCGGGGAGCCCUCCCCGCCCCCGCCGCCCGCCAACGGGGACGCGGGAGGAGGAGGGGUGGUCCUCCGGCCCAAGAAGGGCCUGAAGAAGCCUGACCGCGUGCCCUCCAUCUACAAACUCAAACUGCGGCCCCGGAUCCGCCCGCGCACCGACAACCGGCCCGAGAACAGCCCGUCGCGGAUCCCCACGCCCGUCAGCUACAAGGACCAGCAGCAGCAGCUCGCUGGCAUCGGCCCCGCCCACACCCCGCCCCGCUCCCCGCAGGUGUCCCGGGCCAACGGGCACACCCACUCACGCAAGGCCAUGCACCAGGCCCUGGCGGACCUGGUGGACCCCCCCGGCCGCGCCCCGGGCCUGAGAGACUGCUCCUCCUCCCUGGAGUCCGGGAGCCUGGACGACGAGGCCUGGAUGUAGCACAAAACGGCCGCCCCGUCCGUCUGCGAACCGCCGCGUCUCGCGACCAGGUCGCGAAGUCUCUCGUGUUCCCUUUGCCUGGCGUCUCCAGGCUCUUUUUCCUUCUCUGGUGUCGGGGAACGCUCAAGAGAAGAGGAGGGACGCCAUCACAAGGAGAGGAAGCUUUUUUCCCCAAGGUAAUUACUCGCUGAGGGUGGCUAUUUGAGGAGGGAUGGACGAGGAGAGAUCAGCGCCUCGCUCUGUUGUCGAGAGGCGGUGGAACGCUGGCAGGCCCUCAAAGCCAGGAGGCCAAGACUGAAAGACUGAAACUGUUGAAGACGAGCAUGUAGAGAAGUCUUUUCCGGUUCCUGACUCACAUUCCCACUGGACUCCCAGUUUGUCAUCGAAUCCCAUAGAUGACAGACUCCAUGAUCUUCUGCUUAACAUUCCAGGCUGAAUUAAUUUAUUACCAAAGGACUGAGCCCUACUGUUCAUAUUCUUGACAAUGGGGGGGACUAUAUUUGAUGUUCUCGUCAUGUUCAGUGGGACUGAGGCAUUGGGGGGAAGGGACGGGGGCCAUGUUGGGUGUGAGGUCACAGCCCAAGUGAAUGUUGACUGCAAGGUGUUGUCUUGGAAGCCAUUGCCCCCUGUUCUAAGAUGGAGCAAGUUCUCCAUCGCCGACACUACUGAAGGGCUUGAGGAAUCAGGAAGUUCCUGGAGCUCUGAUGGGGGAGGGGAGUAGGUUGUCUCUAUAUGUGCACGAAUAGCAGAUGGCUCUACCCUGCCUGUUUUGGCACAGCUUCCCCAUAGUGAAGCGACCUUCUGUAUCUCAUCGCCAUAGGAACACUAUUACAUCACACACACACUGAUCCCUCAGCCUAUCAGCUGUGGAGUCAGCCACUCUCCUGGGUGGAGCACUGCGUUUGAGAAGGAGGUAAAAACUAAGAGAUUAGAUGAGGUGUCUCUUACUGUUCGUCAAUACAUCCGCUCUGUGAUCCACCUGCUCUGGGUUCGAGGAUACGGGUCAGCAAACCACGUGGCCACAGGCCUCGUCUGUACUCACCACAUAGACAGCUGCACUCGCGAUACUGUAUCUGAACAGCUAUUUGACCCUAUAGGCCUGGGCUGCCCAACCCUGUUCCUGGGGGUCUACUGUACUGUAGGCUUUCACUCCGACCCUAACAUAGCGUGCCUCACCUAACGGCCUGAGGUCGUGUUGAUGGUCGAUCUCCAGGAGUCGGGUUGGGCUGCACUACGGAUGAAACACUACGUAUUCUGUGUGCACUACUACCUGUAACACUCCGCUAAUCCAGAGCACCUUGUAUCUCAGUCAUUCCUUCAGUCCUGGUUCUGGAACAUUCCGGUCCUUCGGUGUCUGUCGGCAGUUGCACAUUGUUCCCUGCGGUCGUCCGCGGAGAAUAUUUGACAUUACUUUGUGUCAAUACCAUUUAAGAAUGCUUUUAAUUUUUUUGUUGUCCUAAUUUUAUUUUAAUUUUUUUUAAACAUUUAUUAUUAUUCUUUCUGUUUUAAAUGCAGUGUUACUGAGGUAUGUGGUCAAACCGGUGACAGAGUAAAAAAAAAAUAAGUCAUUCAAAACACUGAAAGGUUCUUCCAACGAUCCAUUUUCUUUUUCCGGCUUUCCUGAACAUAUCCCGGGCCCUUUCCAUUACUUAUUAGCUGCUGGUCUCACCAGAGACCGAUAUUAAAUCGGACAAUGUUGUGUAUAUAACUUGAAUAUAAAACGUGUGUGUAUAUAUGCUGUAAGUUUCAGUGUGUUAACGCUGCCUGAGCUAUGCAAAACUGCUGUUUAAACGGUUGCCUUGACAAUUCCCUUUGCCUUAAAGAGUGUGCGUGCGUGUCGGUUGGUGGGGUGCAUGUCGAACGAUGGUGUGCUCCAAAAAAAUGCUCACAAAAAACGGACAGCUCUCGCACAGAGUCCGGGUAGAACUGCGUCUGAGCCCUGCGAGUGAAUGUGAACUGUGCCCAGAAUGGCUAAUCCCACAUGACAGAAACAUGCAUGCAAGAAUAGGCACUCGCAAGCAUAACUUGGUGCAUAAUUAUAUAUAUAUAACAUUUAAUCGAAUGCUUGCCGAUGUACUGCAGUUGAUGACAGAUCGGCGCCAGAACCAUCUCGAAUGGGCGGAACGCUGCAUCAGCCUCUAGACGGACAGAAUGUGCUUGGCCUCAUUAACAUAGAGUCAUGGACACUGCAGAUGGUGGACACACGCAAAACAAGAUGUCAACACCGCGAGGUCAGAAACGAGAAAAACGCACCCGUCAGUCAGUCAGUCUGCGGCCUGACCUCGGCUAAAAGUUGAGUUGCACGACUGUACACACGGUAAUUUAAUUAAAACCGCAUAGUAAUCAUCUGUAGCUGCCUGCAGUCUUGUGCCGCCCGUGACAGCUCAGCAGUGCGAGACGAGCGACUGAGGCUCCACACUGCCACCUAGUGGCGGUGUACAGAAUUUCAACAGUAAUGGCUUUUACUUUCACUAUCAAAUUAGUUUUAUUUUCUGUCAAGGAAGGAAUUCCCCCCCUGGUUUCCUGCAGUCGUGUCAGUCAUCAGAUCAUCUGUGGGAAUAGAGUGGCAGCAUGAUAACCCAGUAUUAUGCUGCUGGUUGAGUGUUUGAUUAACGGAUAAAUAGACCUUGUCAUCAGCACGGUGUCUCUGGUGCAGAUGUCUUUGUGAGCCAGUCGAGACCCCCCCCCUCCCCCCGAUUGACAGAGCUUGUAGCUUCAGUGGGGGGGAGGGGGGGGGGGGGGGUGUGAGCACUUUAAUGGAGAGGAGCCUGCUUGUCAAACUGCCACGCCGUCUGGCCUUUGCCAUGGGAGCGCUGGAUGUGUCUGUCGCCAGAACUCUUUCAAAGGGACCCUCCUCUGUGUGGGGCCGGUGGAGCUCCAAGCACUUCAGGGCGGUUCCGUUCCCUUGUCGAAUGCCUGUCGCGUGAGUGCGGCCGGUGCGCGCCAUAACCCGGAGAAUGUUAGUGGAAUGAAAGAAAGACGACGUUGGGUGGGUUUUUAUUUAUUUAUUUAUACAUUUUAAGUCUCAUUGAGCGUACGUGACUGCUGUGGCUCAAGGUGAAGGUGCAUGGGGGGGAUGUAAUUAAAGACGGUGAAAGGGUUCUGAGUGAAUGUGGGUAAAUACUCCUACUGUGGGGACUGUGGAGAAGCUGGUAACCUUAUUGGUCUCUCUAGUGUGUGUAUAUAUAGUGAUAUCCUUGCUUGAAUUUGUUUCGGAAAAGGCUCAAGGAACAUAUACACUCAAUUGUAGGAAAUUGUAACUCCAGUUUUAGUAUUGGUACACUAAAGUCUUUUUGGAGUGUUAUUCUCACUUGUUUCUUCUUGUUGAAAGGCUUUGGUUGCAAAAAAUCGCACACUUUUAUGUUUCCAUAUGUUGCCACAAAUGUUUCCACUAGGUGGCUCUGUCUCACCAGAACAUGCGAGUCUGUGUACCGUUUGUGAAACGGCUCAAAUAUCCAGGUCAAUUUCAGGUUAAGAUAUUUAAUUGGUCUGUACACUCUUAUUCUGAGUGGUUUUCACGGCUUUUAGUUUUCAUAUUUUAUCUAUUUAUGAAGCCUGAGGGUAUAUCAGCAGGGUCUCGCACGAGAUUUUAACCUUCCAGGCUUUUAGUAUUGUCAGUCAUCCUUAUGUCCUUCCUCACAGAAGAGCCCAAAUGUGUUAAUACUGACCCCUCAGGGGGUCUUCCCCUCUGACUAUGUUAAUACUGACCCCUCAUGGGGUCUUCCCCUCUGACUGUGUUAAUACUGACCCCUAAGGGGGUCUUCCCCUCUGACUGUGUUAAUACUGACCCCUCAGGGGGUCUUCCCCUCUGACUGUGUUAAUACUGACCCCUCUGACUGUGUUAAUACUGACCCCUAAGGGGGUCUUCCCCUCUGACUGUGUUAAUACUGACCCCUCAGGGGGUCUUCCCCUCUGACUGUGUUAAUACUGACCCCUCUGACUGUGUUAAUACUGACCCCUCAGGGGGUCUUCCCCUCUGACUAUGUUAAUACUGACCCCUCAUGGGGUCUUCCCCUCUGACUGUGUUAAUACUGACCCCUAAGGGGGUCUUCCCCUCUGACUGUGUUAAUACUGACCCCUCAGGUGGUCUUCCCCUCUGAAUAUGUUAAUACUGACCCCUCAGGGGGUCUUCCCCUCUGACUGUGUUAAUACUGACCCCUCUGACUGUGUUAAUACUGACCCCUAAGGGGGUCUUCCCCUCUGACUGUGUUAAUACUGACCCCUCAGGGGGUCUUCCCUUCUGACUGUGUUAAUACUGACCCCUCUGACUGUGUUAAUACUGACCCCUCUGACUGUGUUAAUACUGACCCCUAAGGGGGUCUUCCCCUCUGACUGUACUCUAACCCGCAUCAAUCGUCUUCCAAUUUUAAAACCUUUUUUUUUUUCCUUUUUAACUAUGUUUGUUUUAAUAAACCUAUUGUAUGCUCAAAUUCUGUCUGUUCAUUUGGAAUGUACAGCAUGCAAGGUGUUGCCAGUUGUGCGGUCACAACCAACAAAUUUUAAGACUUUAAUGUACCUUUCAGUGAAAGAAGACCAGGUGGAGGCACGGACGUGUCAAUUUGACAUUAAGCUUCUCGUUGCUGUUUUUUGAUGGUAUGAUAGCUAUGAUCUCUACUUCCAUAAUAUUGCCCAGGACUGCCAGCUUAAUCAUGCCAUGGUGACAAUGGUGGGAGGAAUCUGAUUGCUCAAAAAAAUGUCUGUGCAUUUGACUUUUAGGUUAUUUGUGAUGUAUGUGUUUGCUGGCCUUAAUCACUCAGUUUAGGCAGUGUAUCUUUCAAGGUGCUUUGACAAUUAUAUAAUUUAUAAGUAGCACUAUGGAAAGACCAAGAUGUUACUGUUCCUUCUAUUGCUGUUUAUUUUGUCAUUGUAAUAAACGUCUUCUCCCA